AUGGCUUCUGUAAGAGGGCCUCCGAAAAAGUUUCACAUAGAUGCGAUUAGUAGUUUGUCUGUUACGUCGAGUAAAGCAAACAAGUUUUUUGGUAUUUCUCGAAAAUUGGUUUCUCACACUUCUGCAAUUGCAGUCGCAAAACUUCUUGAGUUAUGCUUCGAAUUGCUACCACACGCACUGUACUCACCAGAUUUAGCCCCCAGUGAUUUUUUCCUGUUCCCGAAUCUGAAGAAAUGGCUCGCUGGAAAAAGAUACACUUCAAAUACGAAGGUCAUCACUGAGACAAACGCUUAUUUUGAAGAGUUAGAAAAAUUGUAUUAUACUGAAGGUCUGAAGAAGUUGGAUAUCGUUGAUCUAAGUCGAAACUUAUUAAAGUUUCAUGCUUUUGCAAAAACCAUAAGAAAAUGUGAUGAUAUUUUAAAACCGUAUGAUAUAAGUGUCACAGAUAUUUUGACAAAAGCGGAAAAAUCAAUAUGCGAAAACACAUUAAAUGUUUCUAUUGGAAUCGUCGCUAUUCAGAUUGGGUUAGUAGAUCUCUUAAGAUCCUUAGGAAUUACUCCCGAUUAUAUGAUUGGUCAUUCAGGCGGUGAACUUGGAUGUGCAUACGCAGAUGAAUGUCUCACCAUAGAACAAACUAUUUUAUCAGCAUACUUUGUUGGUAUAACGUGUGCCAAAGAAAAAAUAAUUCAUAGCUCAAUGGCGGUUGUCAAUUUAAGUUACGAGCAUCUUAAAAAUAUAUGUCCAUUGAAUAUUGAAAUUGUAUGCCACAACAGUAAAACCAGCAGCGUCGUGUGUGGACCACCAGAACUCGUACAAGAAUUUACGAAAAAAUUAAAGGUCAAUAAUGUUUACGUGAAGGAGAUCUACUGCAAUGUACCAUAUCACAGUUCUUAUCUCGCACCAGCGGAAACUCAGCUUCUGCUCAAUUUGAAUAAAAUAAUACCACAGCCAAAAAAACGGAGUUCAAAGUGGAUCAGUACUUCUAUACCUCGCACCAAAUGGUCCACUUCAACAGCAAAGUUAUCAUCGGCAGACUAUCACACUCGAAGUUUAUUAAACACUGUUCUAUUUCAACAAACUACGGAUCUAAUUCCAAGCAACGCUGUGGUUAUUGAAAUCGCACCAGACAAUGUUUUGCAGCAUGUUUUGACAGGCUCCUUACAUCCAAAUGUAACGAAUAUUGUAAUGACUCAACAGACCAAUAAAAAUAUUGAUAUAACUUUACAAGGAAUUGGGAAGAUCUACAAUUGCGGUUUACAGCUACAAAUUGCCAGUCUAUACCCAUCAGUCGAAUUUCCAGUUAGCCGAGGAACUCCUAUGAUUUCUCCAUCAAUCAGGUAGAUCAAUCAAG